CAAGAUAAGUGGUUGUCCAACUUUAUUAUUGAUGAAUACCUGAGGCUUAUUCAAGUGACCUGUGCAGCUAACAACAGUUUGGCAGCUGAAACCUUGCCAUGUGAGUUGUUUGAGAGAGCAGUUGGUUCACUUCCAGUGCAUCGCUUGUUGAAAGGGAGAAAUCCACUUCUGCUUCAGGAUGUAGUCCUUGUGCCAUGCAAUACCCCAGAGUCUGAGCACUGGACUCUUCUAGCAGUUCUGCCAAAGGAGAAAUCUGUUGUUGUCUUAGACAGUAUGCCAAGUAACCACAUUAAACAUACAGGUCUUGAUGCUAUUUCUAAGAUGUGUGGCCUUCUCCAAGAGAUCAACGGCAAUGUAGACCUGAAUCAGUGCAAGCUUAUAGUGAACAAAAAAGGAGAUUUUCCUGAACAGACCAAUGACUAUGACUGUGGAGUGUUCACUUGCUUGUAUGCAAGAUGUUUGCAGGGUUGGUUAUGGUGAGAUAAUCAGUGAUGGCAGCAUCUCAGAUUUCAGGAAACUCAUGCUGUUGGAAUUGCAUCAAAGAAAGCUACUGUGA